AUGUCCUCUAUUAAGAUCAAUUUCAUCACCGGAAACAAGUACAAGCUUGUCGAAGCUAGAGCAAUCCUGGGUGAUACAGUGGAGCUUUCAAAUCAACAUAUAGAGAUGCCUGAAAUCCAGGGUUCUCUUGAAGAAAUUGCGCGAGACAAGUGUCGAAAAGCAGCUAUAGCAGUCAAUGGCCCUGUCUUGAUAGAGGAUAGUGCCCUUGAAUUCAGGGCGUUCAAAGGUUUACCUGGGCCAUAUAUAAGGUGUUUCUACUCUGCUCUAGGUGAUGAUGGCCUAUGCAAACUACUCGCAGGUUUUGACGACAAAGCAGCCACGGCCGUAUGCACAUUUGCCUUCUCCACCGGCCCAGGAUCUGAGCCGCUUCUUUUCCAGGGACGUACUGAAGGCAAGAUCGUUGAUAAAAGGGGAGAAGGUGGGUUUGCUUUUGACCCUAUCUUUGAAGUUGAGGGUCAAACCUAUGCAGAAAUGACUUUUGCAUACAAGAAUACGGUUUCUGAGAGGUUCAAAGCCCUGGAGAAAUUGCAGGACUGGCUGAGAAGUACAGCAUGA